UUUUUGAAUGGAAAUAGGAAAAAUAAAGAUCUGAUCCUGUGAGAAAAGAGGUCUAUUAUUGUAGCCACGAAAAGGCGAAGGUGGAUAUAACUUGAUGUUUUGGUUAAAAGGGCUCGGCUUUACUUCAACUGCACCGUCGGGUGCUAUCUUGCUGUCUAAACUCUGAUCUUUAAGUACAUGGAGAGGCGCUGAUUUACUGAAACACAAGUCAGGAAUUUCACUCACAUAUCGCAUUUGAGCGGAAAUCAAAAGUUCUACUUGCUGCAAAAGAGAAAGAUUUUCAAUCUGGAAGGACAAUUCUGAUAUCAACUUAUCGUGUUUAAUUCUCCAAAGAGCAAACAUGAAAUCCUGCAACCUCAGCCGACGGACUAGCUUUGUCUCUAUGAUGCUUUUGACAUCAAGUUUCUUUUUAGUGGAAAUCGUCGUUGGGUAUCUAACGAACUCUAUGGCUUUAGUUGCUGAUUCAUUUCAUAUGUUGUCUGAUGUUGCUUCGCUUAUUGUUGGUUUUCUUGCACUGAGAUACUCAAGUCUCGGUAAAAGGACACAUAAAUACACGUUUGGCUAUGUAAGGUCAGAAGUUCUUGGAGCAUUGGUGAAUGCUGUAUUUUUGGUUGCCUUGUGUUUCUCUAUUUUCGUUGAGUCCAUGAAACGGUUGGUAAUACCAGAAGAAGUGGAAAACGCCGAUUUAGUCUUGAUCGUAGGAUCUAUUGGCCUUGUUGUAAAUAUUGUAGGAUUAUUUCUCUUUCAUCAACACGGGCAUGGCCAUUCACACGGUGGUGGUGGUGGACAUGGGCACAGUCACCAAGGCGACAAGAAGCCUGCUUUGGAAGAAGUGAAAGUUGUUUCCAGGGAGCUAGCUUUAAGCACAGUAAAGAAUCCAGAAAAGGACAAUCUUUUGCAGCAAAGUAGCACUUCAGAAAUUGUUAAAACAAAGGUUGAUGUCACUUGCCCAUUGGUUCUUGAUGAUGAUGAACCUGGAGAGUAUAAAACUGAAGUUGGUGAGAGAGGAGAAGAGACCUUAGUUCUUCAAAGGUCAAAUGAGAACCAGAAGAAAGCGAAGGAGCCUAAACAGGCUGACCAGCUCAACAUGCGUGGAGUUUAUCUUCAUGUGCUUGGUGAUGCCCUUGGUUCUGUGAUUGUUAUCAUCAAUGCAUUGAUUAUAAAGUAUGCAUCAGGUUCUUGGACCCAGUAUAUUGAUCCAGUCAUGAGUAUGCUAAUGGUGAUCAUUAUACUAAAGACAUCAAUCCCUUUGCUGAAAGAAUCAUCAAUGAUUCUAAUGCAAACAGUUCCAACACAUUUGAAAAUCAAGGAAAUUCAAGAGAAGCUAGUUGGUCAAAUCGAUGGUGUGUUGAGCAUUCAUGAAUUCCAUAUAUGGCAGCUGUCUGGAAAUAAGAUAAUUGCUUCUGCUCACGUGCGCUGUCAAAAUAUCCACGACUACAUGGCAAUUGCAAACGACCUGAAGGAAUUCUUCCACAAUGAAGGAAUACAUUCAACAACAAUACAGCCAGAGUUUGAAGAAGACCCAGAAUCGCCAGAUGGCUGCAUCUUAGAAUGCGGAGCAGACAAGAAUUGUGCACAGCAGACCUGUUGCGGACCUGUCCCGGGCCCAACUGAUGAUAAGUCUAAGGGAAAGACUGAGGCGAACGGGAAGUCUGAGGAGGAGACCGAGUGUAAUGCCUAAUUUCCCAGCAUGCAUUUGGGCAUUAAAGUAAAGGAGAGGUUUCACAGUAGAGGUACAGAAUAGGAAAUAAUUCCUAUUCUGUGGUAAAGGAUUCGUUCAGUGGCAGUACCGUAUAAAGUUGCUGAUCGUUUGUACCAUUAUGAAUGAUCAUGAAUAACUCUGACACGCUACUUUGCGUUUUCAGCUAUCCGCCAAAGUAAUUUGGUAUUUGUUUAGUCAUUUUAAAUUAUAGGAUUUUCUAAAUUGAUCGAUCAAGUCGUGAAUUUUUCCCACGAUUAAUGCUGUUUUAAUAAUAAUUGAAGCCACAAUAUAGAUAUUCGUUGCAAUUUUAAAAAUGCAUCAAUGAUAGCACUUUUCUUUCGUUUCACAUCAUUUGUAUGCUAAAGAUAAGUUAUCGUGAUGUUUGUAAGAUGUGGUAAUCGAUAUAAAAAGUUAUUAGUUGCCGAAAAUGGUUGCCAAAAAAGGUCCGAAAACAUUUGUUAGUUUUGAAAAUUAUUCUUAAGCAAAGUAUAAGAUAUUAGUGGUAUAGUGGUAUAGUGCUAUGAAAAGAUUAUUCUAUGAUUGUUCACAUUUUUCAUCACCUUAUCUGAAUGCUCAUUAUAAGAAAGCACUCUACUCCAAUCAAUAUUGGAUGGGAUAAAGCCAGUUACGUUAAUUUACUUUCUCUAUGAAAUCACGGCAAUUUGGUUUUGGCUACAAGCUCUAUGAACCAAAACAAAACAAUAGUUAUCCUUAAGACUUAAGUAUACUUCUGAACCAUUCGCGAACAAAUCUUACCGAUUUUGUAAAAGACCUUAUGGCUCAUGACGUCAUCAAUUUUUCCCUCUUGGUCGAUGUUUGGGAAAAUAUUCCAAAAGAUGUUAAACGGAUAUUUGUUAAACAAAAUAAAUGUUGGAAUGAGUUCGUAAGGUGAUUAUCUUUUCAUAAAGUUCAAGGAAAUAUUCAUUGAGUAUAAUGGGUGGGUGUUAUUUUAAGUGAUGUUGUUCAGGUGUAUUCUGAACCUUGUUUUAGGAAAAGUUGAAAGAAAUUUGAAAAGGUAUUUAUUUCUACGUGUUCUGCAACUUAACUAAAUGCUUUUCAUUUUAUUUGAUAUUAAGAAUGCAGUAGUUAUGAAGUAUGAGGUACUUAGAUAUAUAUAUGCGUUUUGUCACAUGGUCUGGAUUACAUGCAACUGAAUUUAAAGCCUUCCCAAGUAGAGGAUAAAAUAUUGCCAUGUUAGAUUCAAUUUUUUGUCAGGACGUGUUUGUUAUUGUGACACCUUUUGUUUUUUUUAAUGCCAGUUUUAAAAAAUCGUAACUCGUAGGAUCCUGACGAGAACCCUUAAUCUACUAAUUCUAGCUAUCAAUCUUUGGUUAUGAAUGUUAAUUUUACUCUAGUAAGAUAGCCUUAGCUUUUUGUCAAGUUAGGUAAUGCGAGUUUUUGAAUUCUAAUUUCAAGUCUCAUUUUUAAAAUUGAUAGUAUAUUAACGUUAAGUCGUUUUAUGGAACAUAUAUAAUUGAAAUUUUACAA